CAUAUAAACAAAAAAUAGAGAAAAGUAGAUCAAGGAAUUCCACCACUUCUAAUGAACCUUUACGUUAUAAUUAGCAGCACCCACACCAAUUUGUCACCUUACACGACCCGGGUUCAUGCUUCACUAUCGUUCGCAUACAAUCAACAACGAUGAUGGUGGUGGACCCACGGUUUUUUUCACCUUUCCAGGUGGAGCUAGCCAUCGUCAGAAACAUGUUAACGGUGGCUGAUGGGAAUCUAAGUUGUGUUCUAGAUGUAAACGGGAAUGUUAUUUUUAUAAUUAAAGACAAAAGUUAUAGCAUUCGUGAUCGGCAUAUCUUGCUUGACUCAUCAGAAAUCCCGAUUCUAACAUUCCAAAAAAAGCGCCGGAGUAUUCAUAGAAGGUGGCAAGCUUUUAGGGGAGAUAGUACAAGCGCAAAAGAUUUGAUAUUUAGUACAAAAAAGACUACGUUGAUUCAACGAGGUACCGAGCUAAAUGUAUUUCUAUCUGACAACAAAGAGGAAAAUGUUGGCGAUUAUAAAGUCACUGGAGAUUGGAAGAAAAGAUCUUGCACAAUCUAUUCAUAUGAUGGUUCUACUCUGCUUGCCCAGAUGCAAGAUAAUCAUAUUGACACAUGUAUGGAUUCGGAUAAGGACACAUUUGGGAUAUUAGUGUCUCCAAACGUUGAUUACGCGCUUGUUGUCGCACUCAUGGUGAUUCUUUACGAGGUUGACAAGGAUCGAAAGAAAAAGAAAAUUAAGGCAAAGAAGAAGGGUGGAUGUAAUAGUGACAGUAAAGAUGAUAAUGAAGAUUCUGAUGAAGACGGGGAAGAAGAAGACGACGAUGUAGAAGAUGAGGAUGAAGAUGACGACGACGACGAUUCAGAUUGACUUUUUAUAUAUAUUGUUCUUGUAUAUCUAAAUACCUCAUUAUAUAUAUAUAUAUAUAUAUAUAUAUGGCCCAUGGAGCUAAGAGAAAAUAUUAUGGAUUUCCUUUCAUCUUCACCUUUCAAAUUAAAUCAACAUAUAAUCUCAACUAUUGAAAAUAAAAGACACAAUUUAGGAA